AUGACAUUAAGUUCAUCGGUCCUGGCAACUUUUUGUGAAAAGUUUACUAUACCACGCACUACAAGCGAGUUUCAUUAUGUGAAAGAUAUAGGUAAGCUGCCGUGCCUGUCUCCUUCACUCUCCCGACUGAACAUUAAUAUUCACAGGGUGGUACGGAAGUGCCUAUUUACUUUCAAAAGAGCCACAGUAUUGAUUCUUGCGCCAAGCUGCACUAUGCAACCACUAAGUGGCAAACUUUAUACCUUCUUCUCGCUCAAAGUAAGUCUUGCAACCCCUCACAAUGUUCGGCUUAUUGAUAGUCUAGUAUACAUUCCUUUGUUUCCUUGCAAUGUUCGAAUUGGGUACAUUAAUCUACGGUCUAUCAAAAGAUCAGAUAUGUUGAUUGCAGGAGAGGUAAUUCAGGUAUAUGGUAGAUCUGGUAUUCUUAAUGGGGCUCUUACGAUUCUUGCGGCUGCUGCUCAUAUAUCAAAACGACUAAGUAUUUUAUUUGUUCUAACCUAUAUGCGAGUUCUUAUUGGUAUAAUAAUCUCAACUGCAUCUAUUGGACAGGUUAUCGGACCCCUCAUUGGUGGUGUAUUGACUCAGCAUGCUUCUUGGAGAUGGUGUACGCAUAUCCCUAAUUAUUACAGAAUCAAAAUAACCCUAACAUUUCCAGGCUUCUUCCUCAAUCUCCCCACCGGUUUCCAAACCGCUCUCGUCAUCUUCCUCAUUCAUAUCCCCAGCAUCCACAACCCUAUUCUUACUUCAUUGUCUUCAAAAGAGAAAUUCCUCCACCUCGAUCAAUGUGGUUUUAUCCUCUCCACACCCACCAUCAUAUCAUUUCUUCUCGUUCUCGAGUGGGGCGGCUCUUCCUAUCCGUGGUCAUCAGCUACUAUCAUCAAAUCUCUUUUGCAAUUCUUUUAUUCUUAUUCUCUUAUUCCUAUACUGGGAAUUCAAACUCGGAGAAAACGCAAUGAUACUACUUGA